CUUUCAAAAAAAUAAACCCACAGCGCCCUCUGCUCAUUUGUAGGAGUGCUGGAGAGGGCGCCCCAUGCAGUUUGCCGUGAGUGACAAACAACACGGACGCGUUUUUUGCCCCCAUUGAGAGGAGCGAGCGAGAAACGCUCACUUUUUUGUUUUGGUGCCGUAGUGGAGUGCACUUGUUGAUGAAUGAACGCGCGUGUGUGUGGGGGGGGUGGGUGUGUUAAGAGUAGUCACGUUUAUUAACCGAACGGCUCAGCGUGACCGGGGUGCGUGGAGGUUUCACAUUUCCGUGACUUGAACUACGUCCCAAGUCAGCCUCGAGCAGCGGCAAAUUGCAGAAGCGGCGGUAACGGCGGCUGCGUCGGCACCUGGGACUCUCACGUGGAGGCCGCCACCGAGGAGUUGGAUGGAGCAGAGCAAGGUCAAAAUCACCGUCGUGGUGGGUCACGAGGAGAAGCUGGUCUCCGGCCUCACCAAGCGCACCACCUGUGAGGAUGUGACCAGGGCCCUGCUCCAGGAGAGCGCGCGCUCUCCCCAGCGCUCCGCCAAGCCAUCGGCGGGCCCCCACGGCGCCUACUGCAUCGUGGAGCGAUGGCGCGGAAUGGACCGAGUCCUCCCGCCCAAGACCAAGCUGCUGCGCCUCUGGGCGGCUUGGGCCAGCGAGCAGGAGAACGUCCACUUCUCGCUGCACAGAGCCGGCCGCCACCAGGGUGUGGGGUCGUCCGCGCCCCGGACCGCCGAGGCCAAGGUGGUGAAGAGCAAGGAGGGACAGCAGCAGCAGCAGCAGCGGCAGCAGUGGUCGGGGCACGCGGAGGACGGCGAGGCCGACGGCGCCCUGCAGGAGAAGCAGAGGCGCAUGGUGCGCAAGGCAUUCCGCAAGCUCGCCAGGAUGAACCGCAAGCGCACGCAGGCGGCCGCCAUCGACCGGGAACCGUCGCCCGUGCAGAGGCUGGAGACGCUGGUGAGGGUGGUGCUGUCGCAGGACCAGACGAUCCGCGAGCAGGAGGAGCGCAUCCGAGCCAUGGACGAGGAGAUCGAGAGGCACGAGGCGAAGAUCCACAUGGACCGGUGCGAGCGCGAGGGAGCCAACUACGUGCAGGACGCGUACCUGCGGGGCGUCGAGACGGAGCAGGCGGGGAGGCUGGCACAGGGCGGCUCAGAGGGCGUCGGCGAGGCGUCCUCCUGCGAGCGUGCCGUGAAAUUCGAGGCGAUCGCGCAUCUGCAAGAUCAGCUGCUCUAUUAUGAGGAGCUCGCCGCGAGGCUGCACUUGGAAAUCCUGGAGGAGCAGGGUGGCGGGGCCCAGAUUAAGGAUUGUGACAAUGUGGCGGGCGCCGAACCUGCUUGGCCCCACGAGACCUCCGCUCUCACGAGCGACGAGCAAAGGACCACCACCCACAGCGCCGCAGACCGUUGCCGGGCCAAAGCCGACCUGCUCGCGGGAGCGGAACUAACGGAUUCUCUGUUGGAGGAAAGCGUGAAGAAAUGUGGGGUUAUUCAAGCGGAGAUGAGCUCCGUGGAACGCGAUUUGUACAGAUGUCAGGCCACGUUACAGUGCCGGGCGAGAGAAUGCGAUUACCUCUCGAGCCUGCUGUCCACAAUGCACGUACAAGAGAAAGAGGAGCUCUCAAUUAUCGACGCCAGCGAGGAGCAUAGCGCAGCUCAGGCGCACGUUGCCACGCAGAGCUUUGCCGGGGAGCUUUUCACCGCCUCGCCAUGCCUAUCGAUAGAGACGAAGGGCGAGGUGAAUGAUAAUGACUCGGACACGGGGCUGAGCUCCAUGCACAGUCAGGACUCUGACACUGUCCUCUACAUGGAGUCUCUUGUGUAGGGAUUCCUGCGUUAUGUAUUUAAUAAUAAUAAUGAUGUCCAUGUGAAAGAAAACAAAAACUUUCGUUUUUUUAAUCGUUUUUGUACAACCUUUUCGAAAAUGAUGGCACUUUAUUGUCGCGUCAAACAAGGCACACUUUGGGGGUCUGUUGUACGGUAUUUAAAGAAGACGCAACACGGCUUUUCGCUACGUAUAAACGAGACGCUAAACGUUACAUUGCAACAGGCUCUAGCAGCACAAGUAUUGUGACGAGUGAGUGACAAUUAUAGUACUUAAAUGCUGGAUUGAAUGGAUCACCGAUUAUCACUUGAGAAUAAGGACAGCAUGGUUUGUAUGCUGUCUCUAGCAUGCAUUUGCCAAUCGACAAUACGUACCUAAUAAAAAAAACAAACCCUGUAGAUUCAAAUAUAUAAUAUAGUAUUGCUAUAACAAGACAAAAUAGUAAGCUGAACAGAAAGUGACUGCUGAAUCUGUUUCACGUUAUUAUUGCUAAUGCUUAAGACAGAGGCCAUGUAUUGUUACUUCUGGCUGAAUAAACUAGAACUCUGAGCACAUUUCACAUCGGUAGCUAUCGCGAAAAUGCCAACCUGAUUCAGUCGGUGCUGCCAAUGUAAAUUGGGACUUUUCCUGCAUGCAGUUGGGCACAAUAUCUAGAGCAUGCUAAACUUGGGUUUCAUAACAAACAGGAACGUGAUUGUGUAACGUUUUAAUUUCCUCCCAGCUAUAUUUAACAAAGAAUAACUGACAAUGAUAAUAAAAGAAUUAUUCAAUGCAACAAACAUGUAGAUUGUAUUGUGGAUUUUAUUCACAAACUCACAGUCAUUCCUUGUACACCAUAUUGGUGCCGCGGGGGCCAGAUGUUAACUACCUCGCCUGGUAUACAAGAGGUCGUGGGUUCCAUCCCAACCCUGACGCCUGUAUAGUUGGAUUUUGCUUGUUCUCUGGUUGUGUGGAUUUCCAUCUGGGUCCUCCGGUUUUUCCCUCCACAUUUCGACACGUGCGUUUGGAGUAUUUGGCUGCUAUAAAUGUCCACAUGAUAAGCCACUUCGUUGAGCUAUCAUUUGUGGCUAGGUUGCUUCUGGAAAAGAGCUAUACAGCUCAGUGGGCCUUACCUGGUAAAAUAUAAAGUUUAGUUUUAUAGUUAUAGUUUUAUAUUCAACUGGGCAAUGUUUAACGAGCUCUAAAACUAAAAUGGCCUGGUGCCAUCUCUCUAUAUAUUGUAACACAGUAAGUGCAAGAAAACAAUACUUUGCUCUGCAGACUACGAAGCACGCGAUUUCUCCAUGGUCUCUAAUUUAUUUCCAAAUGCAAAACCUUUUUACACCCCAAUCCUACCCUUCGUGUAACAAAAGGAGAGCAUUUAAACACAGUGAAGCUUUUCUGGGGGUAAAUAUUUCAAACGUUUAAAUGUUUUUUUUAAUGAGCACUGCACAGGGAUAGUCAAACGUUAUUUUGUUCCAGCUCGAAUUAGCAAUGCAAGUAGUGAAAGUGCAUUUCCAGUUGUACACAAGUGCAGGUGAUUUGGCCGACAGACUCUGUUUUAUUCAAAUUAUGGCACUGAGCCACUGUGUUUCAAAUGCUCAUUCGCGUUGACAAGCCAAAGCAUAAAGUGAUUUGGGGGGGAGGGGGUUAGCCGGGCGUCGUUCUCCAACUCCUGCCUGUGCAGUGCCACACUUGCGAUCCAAACACCAGCUGGCAAUCGAAACGCAGAAUAAGUCACCGCUUGCAAACUCCUCACCUCUACAAUAUCAGCCGAUAAGAAAUC